AGGUGGACCGUCUCUCUUUGCACGAAAGCACUUACAACUUCCGGAAAGGGUCACGCUGUCCUCCAUCGGCGCAUAUCACGGUCCGCAGAGGGUCACAUCAGGGAAAACUCAGCUGAAAUCAUGGUUUUCGAAGAUAAAAUGAUCACGAAUGGAGAGCCAGAGGAGGAGGAAGAAGAAGAGGAGGAGGACAUGGUGGACCCAUUAGAGACGGUGCGGGAGAAGUGUGAGCAGACGGAGCAUUGCGUUCACACUCGUGAGCGGCUCGAGGCGUGCGAGACACGGGGCGGCGUGCGUGAGAAGUGCGAGCAGACGGAGCAUUGCGUUCACACUCGUGAGCGUCUCGAGGCGUGCGAGACACGGGUCGGCUCGCGCUCAGAGACAACAGAAGACUGUACGGAGGAGCUCUUUGACUUCCUGCACGCUCGUGACCACUGUGUGGCCCACAAGGUUUUCCAGUCAGUCAAAUAAACGGAGCAUCUCAGCGCUCGGUUAUAUAUAUAUAUAUAUAUAAGAUGUGAUUUCUGUCCCAGAUUCAACAACUCACCGUAACCCAUAGGUUCUUCAAAUCAUCUAUUUUGCUGAAUUGUGACAGAAGUGUUAAUAACUGUGCUCUGUUUUCAUCUCUCAUGUGUCCUCUGUUGUUGAGAUCAGUAAAGAGGUGAUGUUGACACAGAAUUUGGGUUUAUUGCUAAUGUCAAAUAACAAAAAACAAUAAAGAAGAAAAGACAA